AUGCCGGCUCCCAUAGAUGGCCCAUCUACUUCCCGACCUCUGCCAGUUCCGAUAGCUUCCCCCCCAAGCUCGAACAGAGGUCGCCCGUUGGCCAGCUCUGUCCCGCGGGCAGCGUCAACAGCUCGAUUGGCUUCUCCAGUCCCUUCGCACGACACCACUGGCACACCGCAGGUGCCUCACAUACCUACAUCAAGUCAAACAGGAACCGGAGCACAGCCAUCUGGCAGGCUAACCCCCCUCGCGGGUGCUGCCCCCCAGGCCUCAUUGCCAGGGCCAGGCGUGUCAGCGCUGGCCGCCGCAUUGUCGGCUUCCUUUGGCCAUUCGCCGCCUAAUUUUGGCACUCCUCCACUCCGACCAUUAUCCCCAGGAACUGCGGGUCAGCAAAUACCUCAACCGUCAGCCCCGCAGAGCAAUUAUGGGUCAUUUGAUGGAAAGGGACGAUCCAUACAAGGGGCUCAAGGGUGGGCUUGCCCAAGCACCUUUGAAGACCCCGAGAUAGUGAAAAGGCAUCUCGUACAGCAAUCAGAGAAAGCACAAGGAGGAGAUGACGCGCUAGAUAGUAUUUUUGGAGGGCCAUCGAUGUCCGUUCGAGGUAGCUCACCUGCCGGGAAAGCGAAACAAGCACUCGACUCUGUGGCUCCUGGGCUCGACGAUGACGAGUUCUCAAGUCUACAACUACAAGGAGGAGAUGUUACAAGGCCUAUAUAUAAGUGGACGGAGGGGGCACAGGCACGAGCGAAUGGUAGACCUCAGAGAAGCAUGAGCUUCAACCUCUCCCGACCGCAUCCUGAAGACGAGACUCUCAAUAUAGACUCGAUAAAGAUACCUGGUGGAUUCCGCAGGAAUUUUCUCCGUCGAGCGGCCCACAGCCCGGCCCCGGAGAGUGAAGACGAUGUUGAAGGUAGUGCUAGCGCAGUUUCACGACCAAGAGCUAGUCCGAAAUUGCUUACAAACAGCUUUAUCGAAUUCUUGACCAUAUAUGGCCAUUUCGCUGGUGAAGAGUUGGAAGAGGAUGACGAGGUACUCGGACCUGAUGAAUACUUCUCCUCAGAUGCCUUGGAAUAUGGUGCGGAAGACGACGGCAGUGAUGAGGACAGAGAGCCUAUGGAGGAUAGUGCACUUUUGACUCCGGGCCGGAGGAAAAGGAAACGGAAGGAUCGUCAUGUCGCCGGCACCAAUGGACCUGUCGGGGCCACAUUAUUGCUGCUCAAGUCCUUUGUUGGCACCGGUGUGCUAUUCUUGCCGAAGGCUUUCCUGAACGGUGGCAUGCUCUUCAGUAACCUCGUACUGAUAUUCGUGGCCGGACUGAGCUAUUACUGUUUCGUCUUGCUUGUCAACACUCGACUAAAGGUUGACGGGUCCUUCGGGGAUAUUGGCGGCAUCCUGUAUGGCAAAUGGAUGAGAGACCUUAUCCUCUUUUCCAUUGUGAUAAGUCAGAUCGGCUUCGUAGCGGCCUACAUUGUUUUCACUUCCGAGAAUCUUCAGGCGUUUAUCCUAGCCGUCUCUGACUGCAAAACGCAUAUCGGCGUCCAAUGGCUAAUAUUGAUGCAAAUGACAAUCUUUCUGCCAUUUUCAUUGCUUCGAGAUAUCAGCAAGCUCGGGUUUACGGCAUUGAUCGCCGACGUCUUUAUCCUCAUCGGCUUAGCAUACCUUUACUACUAUGAUAUUCUCACGAUUGUGGCACAGAAUGGAGUUGCUGACAUUGUCAAUUUCAACCCGAAAGAUUGGACCUUGUUUAUCGGAACCGCCAUCUUUACAUUCGAGGGUAUUGGCCUGAUCAUCCCAAUCCAGGAGUCGAUGAAAGACCAGAAGAAAUUUCCCCGAGUUCUCGGGUUUGUGAUGAUCAUCAUUUCGGUGGUUUUUGUCUCUAUGGGAGCACUCUCCUAUGCGGCAUACGGCUCUGCUACUGAGACUGUUGUCAUCCUCAACCUACCCCAAGAUUCGAAGCUUGUCAAUGCCGUGCAACUGCUCUACUCAGUUGCCAUCCUCCUCUCCACCCCACUUCAAAUCUUCCCCGCAAUAAGGAUUACUGAGAAUGAGCUCUUCACCCGAAGCGGAAAAUACAAUCCGUACAUCAAAUGGCAGAAAAACGUCUUCCGAUUCUUUGUCGUGAUGUUAUGCGCUGCCAUUGCUUGGGUUGGGGCCGACGAUCUUGACAAGUUCGUGUCAAUUGUGGGCAGCUUCGCCUGCAUACCACUCGUAUACAUUUAUCCACCGAUGCUCCACAUGCGCAGCGUGGCCAAGACCAAUUUCCGCAAAGCAGCAGAUGUCUUGCUUUGUGUUUUUGGCUUUAUUGUUAUGGGCUAUACCACUUCGCUGACACUUGCUAGCUGGGCGAGUGGAGACCAGGAACCUGGGCUGCCUAGUUAUUGUGAUAAAAAGGGUCUGUGA